CUCUCACCUCCAUUGCAGGGUUUUACAAAACCCUAGUACUCUCUCAAUCCAUGGAGUCUCUCGCCAAACUUCACCACCGUCACCAACCCCUCACCCUCUCGCUCAAUUCCCACUGCCCAUCAUCCCCAAAACCCCUUUCUUCGUUCAUACCCCCGCGCCAAUCGCCGCCCUUCAACUUCACCACCCUCACUGUCAGAGCCUCAUCCUCAUCGCUUCCGCCGUCCUCCGCCCACCCACCUCACCAAAGCCCACAAAACCCUAAUCCCAUUUCCUCUUUCAAAACCCUAGCCCCUCUUGCCGCCCCUAUCAUCAAGACGACCUGCGCCGCCAUCGCUGCCGCCGCAUUAUUCUUCAUGAGGUUCAAUCACCGAACCGCUAUGGCCGCCACCGCAGUCGCACCUUCCAUGGUUGAGCCAGUGGAGCAAGAAUCAUCCACUGACAGAGUUCCGUAUGAGGAGAAAGAAAGGGUUCUUGAAGAGCAAUUGGCCCAGAACCCGGAUGAUGUCGAAUCGCUCAGGAAUUUAAUGGAGGUCAGGAUCAAAUCCCACAAGCUGAACGAAGCGAUUCAGGUGUUGGAGCGCUUGAUCGAGCUGGAACCCGAAGACUUUGAGUGGCAAUUGCUGAAGGCCAAUGUUCACAGCUACAUGGGUGAGGUCGAACUCGCUAACGCUGAGUUCGAGGACAUUUUGGCGAAAGACCCUUUCAAAGUAGAGGCCUUUCAUGGCCUUGUAAUGUGCGCUUCACAAUCACCGGAGAAAUUGAAGAGUGUGACGAAGAGGGUGGAGGAGGCAAUGGUGAAGUGUAAGAAGGAAGGGAACAUGUCGGAUGUGAGGGAUUUUAAGCUGUUAGUUGCUCAAAUUCGCGUGAUGGAGUCGAGGUAUUCGGAUGCUUUGAAGCUUUAUCAAGAGCUUGUGAGGGAAGAACCGAGAGACUUCAGGCCUUAUCUGUGUCAAGGAAUCAUUUAUACAAUGUUGAGGAAGACUAAUGAGGCUGAGAAACAGUUUGAAAAGUUCAGGAAGCUUGUUCCAAAGAACCACCCUUAUAAAGAGUAUUUUGAUGACAAUAUGUUUGCGACGAAGCUUUUUGGGCAGAAGGUGGAGAGAGAGAGAGCUGCGUCGAAAGUCUGAGGGAACUGGGGUUGCUGAGUUUUAGCUCAUUGUGGUGGCUGGCUUCUGUAAUGUGGUGGUUGCCGCCUGGUUUCUCUCUGCAUCUGUUUUUGGUUAAUGCUUUGGCUAGUAGUGUUCACUCAAACUGUAGGUAAUUUUAGUAGUAGUCGUCGUAGUAAAAGUAAUUUUCAGAAUGUAGAGCUAUCUGCGCAUCGAAUAGUGAAAUUUAAUAUCUUGCUGAACCAAUUUUGUCUCAAUAUUUGGAGUUAUACCUGGAAUGAAACUGUUUUUGA